AUGCCUUCCUGCAACCAGAUUAUCAGCGCUCUUACCGUAAUGGCUGUGGCUGGUACCAACGCCGCCUUUGGCCCUGCCUUCAGCACUGGCCCAGUCGCCUCCAACUCUUUCAUCCGUGAAUCUACCUCCACUCUGGUCCUGCCAGCUCCCCCGACCAACAACCAGGGUGACGCCUCUCUCUGGGUUGGAAUGGGCACUUCCAAUGGUGACCUAAUCCAGUCUAUUGCCGACAACGCGAAGAGUACGGUUGUUGGUGCUUCCAAAUGGAACAUCUUUGCCUAUACACUCCUAGCCAAGGGCCCCUCCGGUGGUCAGGAGCCUGUUCAGGGAGACGAGUCACCUGCUGUGGCUGGGGAUAAGAUCACAAUGCACUAUAAGUACAAUGAUUCCACCAAGCAGUACGACCAGACCACCCAGAUCAACGGCAAGACUGUAUCUACCCUCUCUACUACAGACGGCCACGCCCAAGGCUGGGGCAGUGCUGUGGAGUGCGGCGCCGAAGACUGUGGUAGCAUGGGUGCUCAUAAGUGGAUCAACACCAAGAUUAUCCUGGAUGUGGCGGACCCCAACUACAGCCGGACCAUGGUGAAGGGCGCAGGCGUCACCGGCGAAAUGUCGACCUCUGAUGGCGGCAAGACCUGGACAAUCAGCACUAUCAGCAUCCCCGCGUAUACAUUCUAA